AUGAGGUGCAUGUGGUACGUCGUCCUAGUGGUAAGCGCCCAGGGAGAGGCGUGCACGAGUUCGAGCCCAACUUCCUGUCAGUCGAACAGUGGCUCUAACUUCCUGCAAUUUGGAUCCCGCGUCCGCAGCUGCUCACCCUUUGGGGACUGGCCGCAAGUGGAUGGCGUCACCUGCGGUGGAUGCCGAGCUUUGGUGCAGACGACCAGCUACAACCGCUGCGACCGGUACUGCGAAAGCUUCGGCCACGUCUGCGUGGCGGCGGCCGAGGAGGUGGCGGACAACUGCGAGGUCUUGGAGGACAAGGCCUGCGACGAGGAGAUUCUGGGCACCUCCGACAUGCUGUGCACUUGCAAGCUCAGCACCGCAGAGGAGAACUGCUACGGCAGCCUGCCGGCCCUGGCGGCCAGCGAAGGGACCCACGCGGGGAAGGUGAGCACGAACUCGCUGGCGGAAUGCCAAAAGGAGUGCGACGGCAAGGCCAACUGCAAGUCUUUCUCGUUUUGCCCGCAGUGGAACGGCUGCUUCUUGAAAGAACGGGUGCUGACCGGGUCAGAGCCCACUGUCACCAAGGGCAAGUGCAGGAGCUACUUCAAGACCAGCUGCGGGGAUUCAACGACUGCGACAACCACCGUUACUGCAACCACCACCACAACCAAGACGACAACACUCGCCGCCACAACCACCACGGCUGAGUCAGGCACUUUGUGCUGGAGCUCCCUGGGAGCUUUGGCCACUUCCGAGGGAAAUGGCCUGGGCGCAGUGAGCAGCGACAUCAGCCCCGGGAAGUGCCAGAGCGCCUGCGACGCCAAGGCAGGCUGCAACUCCUUCUCCUUCUGUCCUCAGUGGGGCAAGUGCUUCCUGAAAGAUCGCAGCUUCACUGGAUCAGAGCCCAGCGCCGUCAAGGGCAGCUGUGAGACCUACUUCCGCAUCGACUGCGGCCUCACCACCACCACCACCACCUUCGCCGUGGGGGAAGGGAACUUGAAAGCGAUGAUCGUCUCCUACAACUUGUACUGGUGGAACGCCUUCAAUCAGAACUCCUGGAAGAGUGACGGCAUCAUCGACAAUCUUAGGUACACGUUGAAGCCAGACAGCGCCGGGCUGCAGGAGUGUGACUCCGCCAGCACCGUUCAGAGCCGCACGGGGCGACUGGAGCCGGCUUCGCCCUUCAAAGGGGCGCAGGGCGUGAUGGUGAAGCCUGGUCUCUUCUCCAAGAGCGACGAAGGGAGCCGAGACCUCGACGCCACCGGCAAGUGGGGCGCGAGGUAUGUGACCUGGGUGAAGCUGACCCACAUCAGCACGGGCAAGGCCUUCUGGCACUUCAACACGCACUGGUGCGUGCACAGCGAGGGGAGCCGCAUUUGCAACGAGGAGGUGCGGUACCGGGGGGCCAAGAACAUGGUCAGCGCCAUCCAGGAGCACGCGAAAGAGGAGCCGGUGGUCAUCACCGGGGACUUCAACGCGGCCUUGGGGGAGAAGGGCCCGCAGCAUUUCCUGAAGAGCGGAUUCAAACUCGCGGAGCGCAGCUGGGUGGACAUGAUCUUCUACUCGCACCACUGGCAGCUCUUGUCCCACGGCGUCGGCAAGGAAGCGGGGAGCGACCACAAGCCGGUCUUCGCAGAGCUCGCCCUUUGCGACUCGACUCGACUCGUGGCGCUGGUUUUUUGCCUGCUUCGUCGUGACAACUUUUGCCACCCGGGGCUGAAGUGCGGCCUCACUUGUGGAGUCGGGGCAUCCUCCAAUCAGGAUGCCUCAGGGGAGGAGUCCUACCAUCCGGCGCACCUCCAGGAGCCCAGUUUCAGGGAUCUGCGGAGCCUGGCGCCAGUUGUGCCUGUGAGCGAUUCCGCUCCUUACACGCCAGCCCCAAGGGACUCGCUCGCAGCCGGCUCCACGUUCUGCCUUCCUAUCGACCCAUCGCGCGCCAUGCGCGCCGCAUAUGGCGCCUUCCUGCUGGCUGCGCUGGCCUCGGCGCAGGAGGUGUGCCGCGAUGGCACCUGCAAAAAGCCCAACUCUGGCAACACCUUGCUGCAGUUUGGUGCACGCACCGCCCACUUGGCCGUGCAAGCCGUGCGCGAGAGCUGCGCGCCCUUCGGCGAGUGGCCGCAGCUGGACGGCGUGAGCUGCGGCGGGUGCCAAGCGUUGGUUGAGACUGCCACCUACAACCGCUGCGACGAGUACUGCGAGAGCUUCGGGCACCGCUGCGUUGCAGCGGCGGAGGAGUUGGACGAGACCUGCCAGGUGAAGGAGACCUUCGGAUGCGACGAGGCGAUCCUGGGCACUUCGGACAUGCUGUGCACUUGCGAGCGACAGGCCUGCUACGCCGGCCUCGGCGGUGUGGCGGAGGAGGAGGGCGAAGAGCUCGGGGCGCUGGCGGAGGCUUCCGCUGGGAAGUGCAAGAAGGCCUGCGAUGACGAGGAGGAGUGCGAGAGCUUCACAUACUGCCCAAGCUGGAAGAAGUGCUUCCUGAAGGACAAAAGCCUUACCAGCGCCACUCCCAUCAAGAUCAACAAGGACUGCAAGAGCUUUUACAAGGCCAAGUGUGAAGACGUGCCCACGACAGGCACUAAGGAGGGCUUUGUCCUGAAGCUGGUGUCGUACAACCUCUACUGGUGGAACGCCUUUGACCAGAAAUCCUGGAAAAGCGACGGCGUCAUCAAGAACAUCAGGAACACGUUGCGGCCGGAUUCCAUCGGCCUCCAGGAGUGUGACGAGCCCGGCCAGAUCGCACGGCGCACUGGGACCCUCGAGAGGGCCUCAGAGUUUCAGGGCGCACAAGGCGUCAUGGUGAAGAAAGGGAUCUUCACCAAGAGCCAGUCGGGCUCCAGAGACCUGCAGGCGACCGGCAAGUGGGGCCCCAGGUACACGACCUGGGUGAAGCUCACGGACAAGGCGAGCGGCAAGUCCUUCUGGCACUUCAACACCCACUGGUGCGUCCACAGCCAGGGCAACCGCAUAUGUAACGAGGAGGUGCGGUACGGCGGUGCCAAGAACAUGCUGGCCACCAUCCAAGAGAUCGCCAAGGACGACCCGGUCGUGAUCACCGGGGACUUCAACGCUGAGAGGAAUGAGAAGGGGCCGAACCACUUUCUGGACAACGGCUUCAAGUUGGCCGUGAACAGCUGGGUGGACUUCAUCUUCUACUCUCCGCACUGGGAGCUUCUCUCGCAGGGCAAGGGAUCCAUGGCUGGGAGCGACCACCAUCCGGUUUUUGCAGAGCUGAGGCUGAAGUGAGCAUUGGCCCGAUUUCUUUUCCGGAAGGUGGGCCGAAAGGAAGCUGAAUGGGAAAGUCACC